GAGAGAGGGACAGAGAGCGAGAGAAAGAAAGAAAGAGGCAGGACGGAGACACGAAAACAGCCAGCUAUUAUCAAAAUAUCUCUUCGAACCAUAUUUCCACUGCCGCGCCAUUUACUGGGCUAUGGGACAUGGCAUCUCAUCUCUGUAGAAGUCUAAAACUCUUUAGGUAGUCAUAGGUUGGGGGAAUACUUUUGUCAUCGGAAAGUUUUUUUCUUCUUCUUCUUCUUCUUCUUCCCAGCCCGCUGUAAACAUUCUGCCUGUUGUGUUUGCUCGGUGCCUGUUUGCGCGGAAGGAGUUUUUUUCGUCGUCCCCUCUGCUGGAUUUGUUGCAGGAGAGAUGAGUGACAGGAGGCGAUCUGCCGCCGCGCUAAGCUCGAGAGCGCACGCCUUCUCGGUGGAAGCCCUGAUCGGGACGAACAAGAAGCGGAAGCUCCGGGGCUGGGAGGAGAAGGAGCUCGAGCUCUCCAUGGAGAGCCUCGCCACGAACGGUCAAUUAGGAGACGGUGACGAUCCUGCCCAUUGUCUGGAUAUCGACCCGGAUUCAGAGGCCAGUCCCGGCUCAGACGGCGAGGGACUGGCGGAGCGGACGUCCUGCUCAUUCGACUCCCCCGCGGACUUGGCCCCCGCCGUGUGCGACCCUUCGCCCUCUGCGUCCAUGGAGGAAAUCCAGAUGGAACUGCAGUGCGCUGACCUCUGGAAGCGCUUCCACGAUAUCGGCACGGAAAUGAUCAUCACCAAAGCGGGAAGGAGGAUGUUCCCUGCCAUGAGAGUUAAGAUUGUUGGUCUAGAUCCCCACCAGCAGUACUACAUCGCCAUGGAUAUAGUGCCCGUUGACAACAAGAGAUACAGGUAUGUGUACCACAGCUCCAAGUGGAUGGUGGCGGGGAACGCAGACUCACCUGUGCCCCCGCGGGUCUAUAUCCACCCGGACUCGCUGGCCUCUGGGGACACCUGGAUGAGACAGGUGGUCAGCUUCGACAAGCUGAAGCUCACCAACAACGAGCUGGAUGACCAGGGCCAUGUCAUCCUCCACUCAAUGCACAAAUACCAGCCGCGUGUGCACGUGAUCCGGAAGGACUCCAGCAGCGACCUCUCCCCCACCAAGCCCAUCCCCAGUGGCGAAGGAGUCAAGACCUUCAGCUUCCCUGAGACCGUCUUCACCACGGUAACAGCCUACCAGAACCAACAGAUCACUCGACUGAAGAUUGACCGUAAUCCAUUUGCGAAGGGAUUCCGCGACUCAGGAAGAAACAGGUAUGUAACUGGUCUAGAGGCCAUCAUGGAGACCUAUGCAUUCUGGAGACCGCCUGUGAGGACCCUAACAUUUGAGGACUUCACCAACAUGCAAAAACAGCAAGGCGGCAGCACAGGGACGUCCCCCACCACCUCCAGUACGGGCACCCCCUCCCCGUCCGGUGCGGCCCACCUGCUCUCCCCGUCCUGCUCCCCCCCGACCUUCCACCUGGCGCCCAACACCUUCAACGUGGGCUGCCGCGAGAGCCAGCUCUGCAACCUGGGCCUGUCCGAGUACCCGGCCUGCGCCCGCAGCAACAUGGCCACCCUGCAGGGGUACGGGGGCCUGGCCGACGGCUCCUAUGGCCGCCUCCAGUCAGGGGGCGGCGUGGCCUCCGCCCAGGGCUCCGACUCCUUCCUGCCCCAGAGAACUUCCUCUCUAAUCGCCGCGGGGAUGCAGGGAGGAGCCGGCGGCGUGGCCGGGAGCGGCGGUGGCGGAGGCGGCGGCGGCAAGAUGGACGCCUACGGUGGCCAGUUGGCGUCCUUCCCAGCCUCACAGCUGCAGUACGUCAUGCAGGCUGGCACGGGCUCGGGCUCCAGCUCCUCCUCCUCGCCCGGCUCAUCCCCUUCCUCCGCCCACAUGUUUGCGGCCGGCGGGCACCACCACGUGCAGCAGGGCUCCUACAAUGCCUUCUCCCUGCACAACCCCUACAACCUGUACGGAUACAACUUCCCCACCUCGCCACGCCUGGCCGCCAGUCCUGAAAAGCCGCAGGGGGGCCUGCUCUGCUCCUCCUCUGGUGCUGGGGCCUUCGCCGAGCGCCAGUACCUGCCCAGCAGCGGCAUGGAGGGCAUGCACAUGAUCGGCAAUCCCGCCGGCGGCCAGCAGGGCGGCGCAACCUGCGACGGCCGCCAGUAUGGCUCCUCUUCCCAGAUGUCCAUGCACAUGGUGUAA